CGAGGAUGCUGUUUUAUCAGCAUCCCACUCAACUGUUGUUGUGAAAGUGUUGGAUUCAGCAUUCACUGUAAUGAGCCAUUAAAAUCCCAUUAAGAUAGGUUGUUAUCAAGACCUCUCUCUUGUGUGGAAGAUAAUGACAGGUCUGCUUAGUGGCCUAUCUUGGUUUGUUUAUGCUUUGUGUCUCCUAUCAAGUUGAUGAACGGACAUGUAUCCAGUUUGCCAUGAAACUCUUGUACUUCCUGCUGAGCGCCCUUGGCCUGACGGUCUGUGUGCUGGCCGUGGCGUUCGCCGCUCACCACUAUGCACAGCUCACACAGUUUACCUGUGGAACCACGCUCGACGCCUGCCAGUGCAAACUGCCCUCGUCCGAGCCCCUCAGCAGGACCUUUGUGUACCGGGAUGUGACUGACUGUACCAGCAUCACUGGCACUUUCAAACUGUUCUUACUUAUCCAGAUGAUUCUGAACUUGGUCUGCGGCCUUGUGUGCUUGUUGGCCUGCUUUGUGAUGUGGAAACACAGGUACCAGGUCUUUUACGUGGGUGUCAGGAUGUGUUCCCUGACAACUUCCGAAGGUCAGCAGCCAAAGGUCUGACAUUCUUGCUCUCAGGUGGGAGAGAAAACAGCACCCUGACUAGCUGAGCUUUUUUUAAAAAGGAAAAAAAGGGAAAGAAAAUGAAGAAAAAAUGAAAUUUGACCAUAACUAAUAUUCACUGUUCUAAAUGAAUAUUUUUAUAUUUUUCAGGAAAUGAAAGAGCAUUUCUUCAGGUUUCCAUAGUAUUUUUUUUUUUUUUUUAAUUCUUAAGAUCUAAACUGACUUUGGGAUAUUAAAAGAACACGGUACAGGGGAAGAAUGGUAUAGCUCUAUCUUUAAAGUCUGGAGUCUAUUCCUAAUACUCAUUUUAUCUAUUACUGAUAUAAUCUUCUUUCCUGUUAGUCCAGUUUGAUUUGGACAGUUUCAGACCCACUUGGUAAAUUUUGUAGGAUCUUCCUUCAGGCCUUUCCCCCCUCCCGCCGUGAUCCUCACUACGACUCAGAGAAAGGCAGGGGGCAGGAGGAGGGGGAGAGCUGAACAGCCAGCUUGUCUUUAUUUUCCCUGGUAGAGAUGUCUUCAAGGCAUGAAACAGCUUAAAAGAGCAGAGUAGAAAAGGAAGAGACUUUGCAAAAGGCUAAAUAAUUACAAACACCUGUGUUGGGGCCCCUGGCCUUUUUCCUCUGCUCCCUUAUUUUGGAUCUGUAAAUAGAUCACUUAGUGAAUGCUUUGGGUGAUUGUCUGCUUCUCAGUAAUUGAAAGCUGGUGGUAGUUGUAUUCUUAAUGAUAUAGAAGGUUUAAAAAUAAUUACAUUAUGCUUCUAUUCUGUCACCUAAAACAAAUCAUUAAAACUAAUUUCUAUCUAAUUGUUAAUUAUAAUUAUGCUCAGAAGUCUAUUUAAUGAGCCCUGGCUGUACUUACGUGGCACUGUCGGUAUUUGGAGAAAUUACUCUCACAAGAGAGAAGGCUUAAAGAUUCUUUCUUCUGAAAGCCAAGCUUUACAAGGGAGAAAAAAAAAAAUUUUUUUUUUAUUAAUAGCUCAGGUUAAAAAUACUCAUUUAAAUGAAAACAAGAGCAUUUGUAAUGGGAAAUGUUUAUACAAAUAGCACAUUUGUGAUAUGUUGUAAAGUAUCUCUCUUGGCAGCUAAGUACUUUUGACGAAGAUUGAGUAAUGCUGAAGUGUCCCAUUCAUGAAAUUAUAUUUGAUAUGUAAUCUUAUUAUUGAUUUGUAUGCACAGUCAACUAGAGCCUUAAACUAAUGUUUUCUGAGGUCCUUAUUUGAACAUUUGGCCGUUGACUUGGAGGGUAGUUUUUGGUUUUGUUUUGAAGUGACUGCGACUUAAAAGAGCACAGCUACCCUAUGGUGGGAGACUUUUCUCUCUAGUUAUUGUUAUCAUUGAAUUUGGAACAAUAUCAAUGUUUUAAGGAAGGAGCUCAGAAUGCAAAUUCAUGUAGCAUAAAUGUUACCAAAAACUUUCUCUAUUAGUAUGCUCUGUUGAAAGCAGAAAUUCAAGAUAAUUGAGCUUAAUUUGCUUCUCCACAUUGCCUAUUGAUAUAUUUUACUAAUCAUUAAAUCCUACUCUAAAAAAAUCAUUUCCUUGUUUGCCUUAAGAGGUAUAUGAAUAAUUCCAUCGAUUGUGACAAUAGUCGAUUAUUACAUGAUAUGAAUAUCCAAAUAAAAAGGGAAAUGUUAAGUUAGUUGGAGAAUUGUAAAUAUAUUUUAUGCCCUCCAGAUAAAACACCUGAUUAACAUAUGUUAAAACCUUUUUAUGUAUUGACUUGCUUUAAAAAUGGCCUUCCUACACACUAGCUCAGGCCAAAAAUGCACAUCGGGGGCUUAAUGGAUGACUCUGGAGCAGAGGUUUGAUACACAAAAAUUACAUCAACACACACCAAGCCUCCUGAUGAUGACCUAAAAAAAUACUUUGUACCCUGUUAAAAAAAUUCCAAUAACUGAAUCCAUUUUGAUUUUGACAGUUUCCUACAAAAGAAAAUGACUGAUAAUCUGUGGGCUCUUUUUUAAAGAGUGAGAAACCAGUGCUUUAAUGCUAAUGACUAUGAAUAAGGCAUCAUUGGAAUCACAUCAUGAAUACCUUAAACAAUUUUUUAUAGCAAACACUACAAAUUUUUCUAUCAGAAAAUUAAAUUCUACACAACACUAAGGUGCUGUAUGCUUUACAAGCGAUUCACAGGGUAUUUCAAAUGGUAGAAUAACUCUGGCUUAUGUGCUUCCUUUUUCUAAAUAAUGCAACCAGUAAGAACUGACAUGGUGAUAAGCUUGGUAAUAAUCAGGAUAUAUAUAUAUACAUAUAUAUAUAUAUAUAUGUAUAUAUAUAUAUAUAUGUAUA